AUGUCUCUCUCUGCUAGUAAAAGGCCAGCUGCUGGAUCACGCAGGCGGCCAGCUGGUUCAACUGGUUCCCGUCACACUCAUGGUGACUCGUCCAUCAGCAGCACCUGCUCAGCAUCAUCCUGCAAAGGCACAGAAAGCAACAGUAAAUCACACUCACACCCAGCUACACCGCGACGGCAGGCAAAGUACGGAGGCUGUAGUGAGAACCAUGGCAUCCGUCCCCCAGCUCCCGAACAGUACCUCACCCCACUGCAGCAGAAGGAAGUGUGUAUCCGUCACCUGCGAGCCCGGCUAAAGGAGAAUGUGGAAAGACUGCAGAAUAGGGAAUCUGAGAUCGGGGAACUGCGUAUGCAGCUGACUCGGAUGCAAGAGGACUGGAUUGAAGAGGAAUGCCAUCGCAUUGAGGCCCAGUUGGCACUGAAAGAAGCAAGAAAGGAGAUCCAUGAGCUCCACCAGGCCGUGGAAGCGGUCAAAUCCAACCUAGGCCUUCAGAACUCUAACCAACCGGACUGUAAAUCAGAAGGAAUAGGAGUGGAUAGGGCCAGGUUGGGGUUCCGAACCAGAACCUCAAGGUCAUGCGGGUGUUCUCUGGCUCACACUAUAGGCCGGAGUGCCACCUUCACCAUGCUGAGCAGUGAAACAUUACCCGAAACUGACCGCAAUGGGAACUUCUCCUCCGAGCACCACGUUUACCCUAUUCCCGCCAACCGAGGUGCAGCAACGUUACCAAGAGGCGAAGGGCGAACUCGUCUCCUUUUGGAGGCAGCUCUUCUAUCUGAACAGGCUCCACCUCCUAUGCUAUGCUCCACCUUUUCACAUUCCUCCACCCAUGAGAAACUGUGCAGCGGCGAGACAGUCCUGCCUAUAAGCCGACCAUGUUGUACACCCAACAACUGCAGCUGUGUCCUGCAUGCCUGCCUCCCUCAUCACCACCUUUUCUUGCACCUUCCUCAGGAAGAAGCUCCUCCUCCCCCUGUGGAUCUGCAACGUAAAGCAUCAACUGCAACUCCUAGUGCAUCAGAGGCCAGCAACAAGCCUGUUUUUAGAUCGCAAGCUUGCAGUCCCACCAUGACCUGGGUGUCUUCAGAGGAAGAAGAAAAACAGGUUGGAGGAGAGGAACUGAGUGUCAUCACUCUAGCCACAACAGCACCAGAUGUCACUCUGGCUGAACCUCAAACAAUAUCAACGUCUUCCUCCACUAUUUUAUCUACACAGAAAUCUUACCUUGCUGAGCCUUUACCGCCAGACAACCUUCCUCAGUUGGCAUUGUCAAAAGCUUCUACACCAAUGGUCUUGCCUCUGCCACAGAUUCAGCAGCCCUGCCCUAGAUCAUCCCCAUCUCCUGAGCCCCUACUACAUGACGACAAGAUAACGGAGAAUGAAGAGACUGGGCUUUGCGAGGCUGCUGGGGAGGUGGAGGAGCAAGAGCAAGAUCAAGGUUCUCAAGCCUGCCACUGGAGUCGCUACUUUUUGAUCGAUCUGCUAGCCGUGGCAGUCCCGAUAGCACCAACAGUGGCCUGGCUUUGCCGAGGUGGGCAGCAUGAUGCCAUGCCCGCAUACCCUAUGGGCUCUCUGUUACGUGGCUGUUGUGCCGUUGCACUUCAUUCACUAAGAAGAGUUGGUAGCUCACGCAGGAGACGACCUUCCGGGACAGAGGAUGCGACAGCUAUUUAAAAUAUCAUCUCCAGACCACCCCCAAGUGUAGGUCUCUUUUUGGGGGUGGUCUUGGUUGAUUCAGAAGGAAUUCAGACACCUUCAUAUUUGUGCACUUUAUUUCAAUUGAUAUAAUUGAUAUAAUUGCCGUUUCUACCCAUUAUACUACACUUAAGAACAGGUAAACUGGUAAAAAUGUAUAGAUGGAUGAAUUCAGCCAAAUACAAGAACAUCCUUAAAGAAAACAUUACUAGAACAAACCUCUGUACAGCAUCUUUCCAGAGCAAGCCCAGGUUGGGGUCACCUUUUGACACAAAAUUUACCCAAAGCAGCCAAAACAACACUCAAGUGUCCCAACAAACGUCCAGACUUGAAGAUGGCAGUUCACAUAUGCCAUCCAAUCUGACACAACCCAAGAAGAUCUGUCACAAAGAAGUGCCCAAAUUUAGGUUCACAUAGCUUGGAGAGAUGUAUUCAAGAAGACUCACAGCUGUAAUUGCUGGGAAAGUCAGUUGUACAAAGUAUUAAAGUAAUAAAGAGUCUAUAUACUAAUAGUUUUUGAUUUUUAAUUAAUUUUUUUUAAAUUUUACCCUGCCAUUAAAGGUGUAGAUUGAUGGGUAAG